AGCUGGAGCACCAAUCAUUGGGCAUCUACUGGAGCUGUUGAAGAAUAAAUUUCAGAUUCAUGACUUUGAGAUAGAUUUCUUCCAAGAAAUAGGGACCUUAACAGGGGCUAUGCCAUCCUUGGGUCUUCCUUUUUCCAUCGCGACGAUUGAUCCUCAAAACAUAGAGUAUAUACUGAAAACAAACUUUACAAAUUAUGUUAAAGGCCCGCAUUUUGGCUAUGCAACAGAACAUUUAUUGGGUCAUGGAAUAUUCAAUGCUGAUGGUGAACAGUGGAGAUGGCAACGCAAGGUCGCCAGUCAUAUAUUCAAUGUCAAGAAUUUUAGGGAUCAGUUUACAGACGUAUUUGUUAGCAAGAUUGAUACUAUGUGUGAGUCAAUAUUUGACAAGAGCAUCGAAGAAGAUCUUCCCAUUGACUUCCAUGAUGCCAUGUUUAGAUUUACUCUUGACUCCUUUAUACUUCUUGGGUUCGGAGUUGACCUAAAAGCACUUACUACACAAGGCGAGGUUCCAUUUGCAGUAUCUUUUGACAAAUCUCAGCAGUAUUCUUUUGAUCGCUUCACAAACCCAUUUAUUGGGAUCACAAAUACUUUUCGCAGCAUAUUCAGACCAUGGGAAAAGUCAAUCCAACAACAUGUUCAGACUAUUGAUGACUUUGCAUCAAAUGUCAUUAACCAACGCCGCGAAGAGCUGGCCAGAGGAGAAAUGCCGACGGAUCUUCUUUCUCGGUUUAUGGGGGCCAAAAAUGAAAAUGGAAAAGAUUUGAGUAAGACGGAGCUUCGGGACAUUGUGCUCAACUUUAUCAUUGCUGGGCGAGACACCACUGCUCAAGCUUUAUCAUGGACAUUCUACAAUCUGGCAUUGCAUCCUCGUGUAGAAGAAAAAUUAUUAAGAGAAAUUAAUGAAAAAAUUGGAAACGAAAAGGAACACGACGCCCAGCAACUUUAUGAAAUUGUUAAAACCAUGACAUAUGCACAUGCAGUGUUCCACGAGACAUUGCGACUUUACCCAUCAGUUCCUGAAAACCAAAAGUAUGCUCUGGAAGAUGAUAUCUGGCCCGACGGAACACCUGUUUGUAAAGGAGAUUAUGUCGGAUGGUCCCCUUACGCUCAAGCUCGUAGUACAGCUGUGUGGGGUCCUGAUGCAUCUUGCUUCAAUCCAGAACGUUGGAUUACGCCAGAGGGUGAAUUGCGUCGGGAAUCGCAAGGACAGUGGCCGGUGUUCCAUGGUGGGCCUAGAGUGUGUUUGGGACAAAAUCUCGCAACACUGGAAGCAUUGAUUGCAAUUGCGUUUUUAUUAAAGCGUUACAGACUUUCGUUACUUCCUGGACAGGUUAUUACUUAUCAGACCUCUUUAACGUUACCCAUGAAAAAUGGCAUGCUUGUCCGUGUCUCUAAACGACAGUAAAGGAAGAUGUACAUAAGAUAUGUAGUAAUUUUAACAAAACAAAAAACACUUUAUACUUUGUACAACCUUAAUAAGCUGCCCUUAUCUUUUUAUCUCACCACGAAUUCAUCAUUAGUUCAUCUCUUUUAGAGCACACAGACAUACACACAGACAUACACAUUCAUUAUACCCAAAAUAAAUUUAAAUAAUAUAUAUACA